AUGGAUGAGAUUGCCAAGGAGUACGACGUCUUGGUCGUCGGCACCGGUUUGACCGAGUGCAUUCUCUCUGGUGUCCUGUCCGUCAAGGGCAAGAAGGUUCUUCACAUCGACCGCAACGACCACUAUGGCGGUGAAGCCGCGUCCGUGAACCUCGAGGCGCUCUUCAAAAAGUAUGGCAACUACCAGAAGGGCGAGGAGCCCUGGAAGCAAUACGGCCGCCUCAACGACUGGAACAUCGACCUCGUCCCCAAGUUCCUCAUGUCCUCGGGCGAGCUGACCAACAUCCUCGUCUCCACCGAUGUCACGCGAUAUCUCGAGUUCAAGCAGGUCGCUGGCAGCUACGUCCAGCAAGGCUCCGGCCCCAAGGCCACCGUCGCCAAGGUUCCCUCCGACGCCGGCGAAGCCCUCAAGUCCCCGCUCAUGGGCAUCUUUGAGAAACGACGUAUGAAGUCCUUCAUCGAGUGGGUUGGCACCUUCGACCUCAAGGACCCGGCCACUCACAAGGGUCUCGACAUGAACACCUGCAGCAUGAAGGAGGUCUACGAUAAGUUCGGCCUCGAGACCGGUACCCGCGACUUCAUCGGCCACGCCAUGGGUCUGUACCUCACCGACGAUCACAUCACGACCAAGGGCCAAGCUCCCGAGGUCAUCGAGCGCGUCCGCCUCUAUGGCAACUCUGUCGCCCGGUACGGCAAGUCGCCUUACAUCUACCCGCUCUACGGCCUCGGCGAGCUGCCCCAGGGCUUCGCCCGCCUGUCCGCCAUCUACGGCGGCACCUACAUGCUCAACACCACCGUCGACGAGUUCCUGUACGAGGGCGACAAGGCGGUGGGCAUCAAGGCUACCAUGUCCGGCGUCGAGGAGAUGAAGUUUGAGACGAGGGCCAAGAUGAUCCUCGGCGACCCUUCGUACUUCCCCGGCAAGACCAAGGUUGUCGGCCACGUCCUCCGCGCCAUCUGCAUCCUCAAGCACCCCCUUGCUGGCACCAACGACAGCGACUCUUGCCAGCUCAUCAUCCCCCAGUCGCAGGUCGGCCGCAAGAAUGACAUUUACAUUGCCUGCGUCUCGUCCGCCCACAACGUCUGCCCCAAGGGCUACUGGAUCGCCAUUGUGUCGACCAUUGCCGAGUCGUCGGCCAACCACCACCUCGAGCUCCAGCCCGGGCUGGACCGCCUCGGCAAGAUUGAGGAACAGUUCAUGGGCCCGCCGAUCCCCAUCUCCGAGCCUCUCCAGGACGGCACCAAGGACAACAUCUUCAUCUCCAAGAGCUACGACGCCACCAGCCACUUCGAGACGACGACCGACGAUGUCAAGGACAUCUACCGCCGCUGCACCGGCGAGGAGCUCAAGGUCGAGGGUCUCAGGGACGGCCUCACCGUCGCCGACGAGCAAUAG